CCGUGUCAGUCUGGGGUGGUGAGGGCGGAAGAGUGAGACGCUGUGAAUGACUGACCAACACUAAGCCUAUAUGAUUUCAGGUCCCUAUCUUUUUUCCCUCUAUGAGGUUUAGAAGGCUGAUUAUAUUCUUUGUGGAUAUGAAAGUUGUUCAUGAGGAAGCCAGGCUGUGGACCCAUUGCUGCUGAAGAUGACUCAGAACAUGUUCCAAGAAGGGCUGUACCAUGUUUUUUUUAAGGACCGCACCUCGGGCCACCCACUCACUGUAACCACCAAUAAGGAAGAAUUUAAAGACGUGCGGAUUGGACGCUGGUUUGGGACAGUCGUUAACACCCGCCUCCUUGUCACUGGGGUUUUGCAGGUCUUUGGUGCCCUGGCCUCCAUCCUAACCACAGUAACCUACGCCUGCGUGAGCUUCAACUGUUCCGUCUCCUUAACUACACCAGUCUGGUCCGGCCUGUUUUAUCUGGCCACUGGAGGGCUGGCAAUGGAAGUUCAGAGGAAACCCAACAAACUCAAUGUGACCACACUGAUAGGCCUGAACAUCUUCAGCCUACUGCUGGGGUGCUGUGCUCUGCUGGCCUACAGCCUCAUCACUACACAGGCUAAAGCACUCUACACAGACCAACAGCGUGCGGGUGUGUACAUAGCGAAGGGCAGCUCUAUCAUGUUCACAGUACAGUGUCUGCUGGCCUCUGUCUACACUCUCUUCCUGUCCUGGAGAGGUCUACGACGGUACAGCGGCCCCCACACUCAGACCUACAACCUUCUAGCACAGGGCCCGGAUGAGGACACUAAUGAGGCCCUAAUGGAAACAGGAGAAUUCAGCCUUUAAACCAGCGACUACAUGAGGGUGUGUGUGUGUGUGUGUGUGU